CCGGGUGUUCGUGUACUGCUGGCCCCGGCACAACGGCAACCCCAAGGACCUGCUGGACAUCCAGCAGAUGAGGGACAGCUCCAGGAAACCCGUGGUGAUGAAAAUCAAACCAGGAAUCUCGGAGUUUGCCGGCUCUCCCGACAAGGUCAGCGAUUACAUCUCGCCCCUGCUGAGCUUCGCUGCCGCGCACGUGCCGCGCUCCAAGCACAGGGAGACUCCUCUGUACAUCCUGUGCACGGCGGGCAUGCGGGUCCUGCCCGAGAGCCAGCAGAAAGCCAUCCUGGAGGAUCUGCUGACCGACAUCCCCGUGCACUUUGAUUUCCUCUUCUCUGACUCCCACGCUGAGGUGAUUUCUGGCAAGCAGGAAGAGGACGAGGCUGUGGUGGAGGUCCCUGGCAGCGAGCACCACGAUCCCAUUUUCCGCAAGAGAACCGUGGGGAUCCUGGACAUGGGCGGCGUCUCCACGCAGAUCGCCUACGAGGUGCCCCAGAGUGAGGAGGUGGCCAAGAGCCUGCUGGCCGAGGUGAACCUGGGCUGUGACGCGCACCAGACGGAGCACGUGUACCGCGUGUACGUGGCCACCUUCCUGGGCUUCGGCGGCAACGCCGCGCGCCGGCGCUACGAGGAGAGCCUGUUCUCCAGCAGCCUGCUCAGGAACAGGCAGAGCCCUCAGGCCCCCAUUGUGCCACCCGGUGGUCGGUGCUGCGGGAACGCUUCGAGCGCGGCCUCUACGCGCUGUGCUUCCAUAAAAAACUGCUUCCAUCACUUCUGCUCCCUCCUUUUUUUCCUUGGAAAAGGGAGAAGAAUUUCCUUCCUCCUCUUUCACCCUCCCAGUGGCACCAGUCGCUGCUUUUAAUCCCAAAUUUCUGUUCCAUAAUGGUGGAGAGACGUCCCAGAAACUCCAGGAAUGUGAAGAGAACUGGAAAAGCAGAGGAGAACGUGCACAGGCUCUUUCCAGCUCCUCUGGUAAUUUAUAUUUUAUUUAAAACUAUUGAUUUUACUUGAAAGUCAGUUUGUCCAUGAUUAAAAGUGGGAUUUCUAUGAA